GCUUCUUUUCAUGUUCAGGCUUGAAGUUGAAGUGCAUGUAUCUCUCGCGGCCAGGAGUUCAUCACAUUUUCAAGCAAUUCUAAUAUUCGUGUUCUUGGUCGUCAUUUCAGAGUCCAGUUUAGUCCAGGCUUUGACCCAUAUCGCUGUAGACGUGUAGUUUGUUGUAAUCUAUAAUUAUCAGUAUACAUAUCAGACAGUCAUGGCGGAAGGUGGUGAAACAGAGCCUGCGCCGAAGCCAUACGUCUCAGUAAUGAUGGGGAACGGCAAAUUUGACGAUUCGUUCAUGUCCACAGUAGAGAAGUACGAGUUUGGAAAGAUGCCAGACGGAGACAUUGUGUACGGCUUCAAAUUUACCAACAAGACGAAAGCUGAGGUUCACGUGAUCAGCUUGGGAGCAACUGUUCAGAAAGUGUGCAUGCCGGACAAGGAUGGCAAGGUCGUGGAUGUGGUGCACGGAUUUGAAACUGUGGAAGAGUAUUUGAGUGCGAAGAAUCCUUACUUUGGUUGCCACGUUGGCCGCGUGUCCAACCGUAUUGCUGGUGGCAAAUUUACGCUCGAUGAUGUUGAGCACAUCCUACCACAAAACAACGGACCAAACUGUCUGCACGGUGGCACGAAAGGAUUCGACAAGGCCAACUUUAAAGUGGACCAACGGCACGAUGUGGUGAUUUUCGAUCACACCAGUCCGGAUGGCGAUCAAGGCUUUCCUGGUGCUGUGUCGUUGAAUAUUGAGAUCUACGUGCAUGACACGGACAUCUGCAUGGAAUACCGUGCCACCAGUACUGCUGCUACGCCCAUCUCUAUCGCCAACCACUCUUAUUUUAACCUUGCUGGUCAUGAUUCUGGUUCAGUGAAAGGACAUGAGCUUGAGCUGUUCUGUAACAGGUACAUUCCAGUCAAUGACGUUCAGAUACCGCUCGGCACAUUUCUGCCUGUCAAAGACACACCGUUUGAUUUCACCGAGCAGCCGCGUGUCAUUGGUGACCGCUUGCACCAGGUAGAUGGCGGUGGUCAGCCAGGCUAUGACCAUUGCUAUGAGAUCAUUGGCAACUACAUGAAGUAUCGUCCAGUUGCAAAGUUGCGUGACCCAGUCAGUGGUCGCUACAUGAAAAUGUACACCACCAUGCCUGGCGUACAGCUGUACACCAGUAACUUUCUGGAUGGCAGUGUAGUGGGCAAGGAAGGAGUAGCCUACCCACAGCACAGUGCCGUGUGCUUAGAGGCUCAGUUCUACCCGGAUGCCAUUAAUCAGAGGGAUUUGAAGUACUUUUACAUCUUGAGGCCUCUGGGGCCGCCUCUUCAUGAGCGAACUCACUACGAAUUUUAUGCUUGAGUGAUGGUGCACUGGAUGAAGGUUGGCACACUGCAAUGGACCUUGCCAUGUACUGGAUGUUCUCGAUGUUUUCAGAUCCUGUCAAAGAGGUAACUGAUGUUACUUUGUCGCGCUUCCAUGUACCACCGUCUCUUGUGUCCUUUGUCAUCAUGGGUUUUGCCGUUUCAAAGACUUACCGGAAUCUUGAAGGAAUUUUGCGUCACUAUGUUAGCCUGCUUGUGCCGUAUCUUUUACCAAUUAGCUGCAUGUUGUAGCAUUAUAUCUUGCUCCUCUUCUUUAGAAGUUAGAACCUUCACACAUCACUUAUUUCAAACUUAUUCUCCUUAUUUUUUACUUCUAGUAGAAUUUCUUGUUAUGGCUGGUCCAAGCUGAAUGCUAAAAUUUUCAUUCCCUUUUCACUUUGCUUCGCUUUCAAACACUCCUCUAUCACUGCUGGCUGAAUGCAUCUUUAUCCUGUUUUAGAAAUGUGUUUAUAUAAAUCCUAAUUCAAAUCCUAAUUGGCAACCUA